AUGUUUGGCUCUUGGCUCACAAGCUUAUGUGAGUCGUGCUCGGAACUUCUGCUUCAUGAUGGCGCAGAGCAGCAGGCAUACAGCGCAGUAUGCAUAGUACUCCUUUGCAACGGCUCCGAUAGGUUGGUGCACCCCGCAGCAGAUUCGAAGCUAGAACGGCAAGAGGAGCCAGUAAGUUUUGAAGUCGGUGACUAUGCAAUUCUCGAUGGAUUCACGGAGCGCACCUCACUGAACGGUGAACCUGUGGAGCUCCUCAGAUGGGAUGAGGAGAAGCAAGGCUGGGUGGUGCAAAGCCAGAUCGAAGAUGUCAAGCGGCUGGUCUCGCUUCAAAAUAUCAAGCCCUAUCCAAGGAGGCAAGCAACACCGGCUCCGAAAAAGGAUCGCGAGUUCAACAUCGUGAGCUUUUUAGCUACAAUCCUGGGUACCAUCAUCAUCGGCGGGACAGCCAUCGCCGUGCUUGGGGUUUUGGGCCUCGCCUUUUACAAGGAUUGGACUGGGGAAUACUUGCUGACCUUGGACGGCCUCCCAUCAACUACUUGA